AUGGAUAAAUUUGUCACAAAAACUGGGAAGAGUGUUGUAAAACCAUCAACAUCAACAAUUGACCAAAAAGAUGAUACUUGUUCUGGAUCCGAUCGCAGUCUCACACCAGAGUACAAAAGAAUUAGACGAGGUGAUGGUAAGCAAAAGAAACAUCGGAAACAAUUAUUCAGUAAGUCUUGGGAACAGAAUCCAAAAUUUUCGAAAUGGUUAAGACCUGAUGAAAAAUCAAACACAAGUGCUAAAUGUAUUAUUUGUAAUACAGUUUUGGCUACAGAAAUUUCUUCAAUAAACCGCCAUUUAAAUAGCAAAAAACAUAAGUUAAUGUCUAAUAGUGUUUCAACAACUUCAUCACUUUCUGAUUCUUUUAAACCAAAAAAUAUUUCUUUACUCGAAAAAGUAAAAUCAGCAGAAAUUAAACUUACUGCUUUUGUAGCUGAACAUAAUAUUUCAUUUAAUACAAUGGACCACUUAACUGAAUUAAUUAAAAGUCUCGACCCAACCUCUGAAGUAUUAAAAAAUAUGCACUUGCAAAGAACUAAAACCACUGCAGUAAUGAAACAUGUGAUUGGUAAGUCUCAUAAAGAGUAUUUAAUUGACUGCUUGGUGCAAACAAAAUUCAGUAUUUUAACUGAUGAGUCUACUGACAUAAGUUGUAUUAAACAAGCAUGCAUUGUUGUUAGGUACUUUAAUCGAGACAUCGGUAGAAUUGUAAGCCAUUUUUUUGAGCUAUCCAAUGUAUUUGAACCAAAAAAUUAUCAAAAGGCCCACGAAGGUGCUACAGGCAAAAAUUUAUAUGAUUGUUUGUAUAAAUCAUUUGCUGAAAAUAAUAUACCAUUCAAUAAUGUCAUUGGUUUUGGAUCAGAUGGGUGUAACUCAAUGAUGGGUGCCCAUAAUUCUGUUGCUAGCAGAAUGAGAGAAAGUUGUCCUGGUAUAAGCAUAUGGACUUGCAUAUGCCACUCGUUACACCUUUGUGCAAGUGAAGCAUGUAAGGUUCUUCCAAAACGUUGUGAAGAUUUAGCGCGCAACGUUUAUUCAUUUUUUUCAAUGAGUUCAAAAAGAUCUGCACAAUUUGUGCAGUUUCAAGAAUUUUGUUCUACUCCAGUACACAAACUUCUACAUCCUAGUCAGACAAGGUGGUUGUCUUUGCACUUAGUUGUGUCUAGAGUGCUAGAACAAUGGGAUGCAUUACUUUUAUAUUUCCAAGAUAAGCAUUUAAAUGAACGCCUAACAAUAGCAGAAUCAAUAUACAGCACACUCACAGACCCUCUCAUAAGACUUGAGAUUAAUUUGGUGAUAAGAGAUAACAUAGGAUGUAUUAGAGAUUUAAAUUCGUCAAGAAAACUUAACAACGUUUUAUUGAUAUAUCUGGAGCAAUCUAAGAUUACCAUGUAUAAAAAUACAUGUUGGGCUGCAUCUUUUCCGGCAUUGAAGCUCUUUGUAAAAACAUAUAACAAUCAUGAUAGGAUAUCUGGACACUCGGGAAUAACAAGUAAUGAAAUAGCUGACGAAAAAACCUCAAUUGCCAUCAAAAAUAAUGAAACUCUUUAA